ACUUUUGCAUCGCGUCGCAAUCACUGAGCGACGUCAGCCCUGAAGUAGAAGCAAACGCACCCGGAUGUCGUUGCGGAAGUGACGCCACGGCGCUGCAAUUCAAAUGUUUGAGGAAGUCGUUAAAAAAAACAAAAAGAACCGACAUCGGCGGACUGUUCGGACACAGAAAAAAAGCCACUCUUCUACCCCUGCAGUAAGAGAGAAGCACCAUGACCUCCAAAGGGGCAAAGGACACCUUUGUUGCCAAACUGGGUUUCAAAUCCAGCAGCUCUGCCUCCAAAGCCGAGGCCGAAGUGGAGCGAGUCAGGAAGGAGAACGCCCAUCUCAGGAGGAAGAUUGACGAGCUGGCCAAACGACACAUUAGGCCGCCUGACGUGGACAAAAGCAAGCUGCUCGAAAGGAUUGUUUCGCUGGAGACUCUUCGCGAGAGGAACAAUCAACAGUUGCUGGUCAAGGAGCAAGAGUUGGAAACUGUGAGGCAACAGCUGGCAGCCAAAGGGGGAGAGGUGGUGGCGGCGCUGCAGUCCCAGCUGGAGCAGCGGCGCAAGGAUGCGGAGCAGAGGGACCUUCACGUCCAGAAUCUCUCACAGGAAACGGAGAACCUGAAGAACAAGCUGGCCGCGGUGUCCACCCGCUGUCAGGCCCUGGAGACGCAGGUGGCGAAUGGACCGGCGCCCUCCGCGGACUUGGCCUUGGUGCAGGAUCAGCUGAGAGACGCCCUGGAGAAGAACCAGCAGUGGCUGGUGUACGACCAGCAGCGAGAGGCCUUCGUCCAGUCGGUCCUCGCCCGCUCGCACGAGCUGGAGCAACGGCUGAGCCGGGCCGAGCGGCAGGACUCGGCUUCUCCAGCCGCCGCCGCAGGAGACGCCGCUUCCGACACCUCGGAGAAGGAAGCGCGGCUCGAGAGCCGCGACGAGCGGUUCGCGUCGGCCUCGCGGGACGAUCGGCUGGCCGCAACCCAGCGGGAGCUCCUCUCGCAGGAGGAGCGGGCGCUCAAAAGUCAGGCCGAGCUGCAGCGCCAGACGGAGCGCGCCGCCCGGCUGCAGGAGGAGAAGACGGCGCUGCAGCGGCUCUUGGACCGCAAGGGCGACGAGCUUUCGUCCCUGCAGAGCAAGUACGAGGAGAGGGCCGAGGAGCUGGAAGAAGCCAGGCUGCGGAUGCAGACGGAGCGGCUCAGCAGGCGCGCGGUUUCCGAAGAGCAGCGGCUGUCCUCGGAGCGAGCCGACAGGAUGAGAGCUGACCUGGAGAGCCUGGAACUCAGACUGGAGGAGGAGAAGGAGAGAUCUGCCCAACUUCUGCUCCAAGUCAACUUGCUGCAGAAGUCUCUUCUGAGCCAAAAUGAAGAGCAGAGGAGGAUCGCGGCGCUGGAGCAGCAGAUCCAGCUCUCCGUCAAAGACUUUGAGAACGAGAAGCUGGACCGUCAGAGCGUGCAGCACCAGCUUCACAAAGUCCUGAAGGAGCUCCGCAAGGCCCGCGAUCAGAUUGCCAAGCUGGAGUCGGUCAAGCAGCCCAACAGCCGUUUCUCCGAGCCCGGCUCCUACGGCGGGCCCGACGUGGGGCGCUCGCCCGCGUCGCCCUCCAAAGCGGGCGGCCUCCUGGACGAGAGCUUCCUGGAGUGCCCCCGGUGCCGAGCUCACUACCCCACCAGCCGCCACCGGGAGCUGCUGGCCCACAUCGACUUCUGCUUGGCUUGACGCGGCCCUUGAAUGACACUUGGGAAAGGGGGGCCGGCCGGCGAGGGGAACCGCUUGAAAAUCAGGAAGCCCACUUUUGCCCUUUCAAAUGGGAGCGUCUGUUUUCGCCGAGACUUCCCGCUUCAAGUGUCAAAGCUCUUUGCGAUUCGCCUUACGAGUCCUAUUUAUUCUUUUGGGUGGUUUUUCCAGUGAGCUGGUGACUUAUUUGGAUCUUUUUAACCUCUUUCGUCGUGUGAUGAGGUCUCAUCAAGGGACAAAACUUGUGUUGGUGAGUGUGAUUGCAACACGCCCAUCAGGAUUCAGCACUCCAACCCGCCGCCAUCAUCUUUAAGUCGCUCAUUUGUACGGCAUCGGCGCCGAGAUGGGCUUUUUUUAUUCACGGUGCUGCUGUGGAAAUCUGAAUAGACAAGCAGCCGACCUUCACCUGCGCUGGCUUUUUUUUUUUUUUUUUUUUUUUUAAAUUCCACCUCCACCUCAACUUGUCAUGUCCGCAGCCCCGCGAGGCUGCAACGAGAUUGCGUGGAGUUAAUUCCUUGUGCUCAGCUAUUUAAGGCAGCGGCUUAGUCCACUCGCUCGAGGGAAAGGUGUCUCAGAUACCCCCAUCACCGCCCUUCGGCAGUGUGACUUUGGAGGCUGUUGGGGUUUCGAUUUUUUUCAGGAGUGGGUCAUAUUCAUCCGCUGGUGUCAAAGUCAUCUGAUCAUGUCUUUGUUUUUUUUCCCUUACUGUACUGCUUGCAACCUGCACAAUAAAAAUGUGAAACCACUUCACC